CAAAGCUUUCCUGGACUUUCGCGUCGUGGUCGUACUGUUGCAUAUCCUUGUUUACAGCAGACGGUCUUCCUCUUUCUGGGUCUGGUAAAUUCAAAACCCCAAUCUCGACCUUUUCUUUUCCGUUAUAAAUUUGACCUCACUUCUUGGGCAAGAUCUCAAUCCUCAUCAGCUGAUCAGUUUUCGUCUUUUUGACAUUUCGAGGAAAGUAUUAGCGACCCAAUGACGCUUUGAAUCGUGUCUCUUCUACUGUGGGAGUCUUCAUCUGUUUUUUGGUUCUGGGUUUGGUGGUUUCGGUUUGAGCCACUGGUGGCAGAUUUCAUUGAUUGAAGAAGGUAAUAACACACUGAAUUUCGGGACACAAAAGGGGAAACUUUUUCAUUAGCCGCUCUGUAAGCAAAAGAGCGGUCGACGGCUGGAAUGGGGACGGGUUCCAAGAUCGAUGGACCUUCUACCCCAUCAAUUCGACGAGACCCUUAUGAGGUAUUGUCAGUGUCAAAGGAUGCAAAUGAUCAGGAAAUAAAAACGGCUUACAGAAAGCUCGCUCUCAAGUAUCACCCUGACAAGAAUGCUAACAAUCCUGAAGCAUCAGAACUAUUUAAAGAGGUUUCAUAUUCUUACAACAUCUUAUCUGAUCCAGAGAAGAGAAGGCAGUAUGACAGUGCAGGAUUUGAGGCACUUGAUGCUGAUAGCAUGGACAUGGAAAUCGAUUUAUCAAAUCUUGGAACUGUUAACACAAUGUUUGCAGCAUUAUUCAGCAAGCUGGGUGUCCCUAUCAAGACUACCAUUUCAGCAAAUGUUCUUGAAGAAGCCCUGAAUGGCACAGUUACAGUUAGACCCCUUCCUAUUGGAACGUCAGUUAGUGGAAAGGUAGAGAAGCAAUGUGCUCAUUUUUUUGGUGUGACAAUAAAUGAGCAGCAAGCUGAGGAAGGGAUUGUAGUGAGAGUUACUUCAACUGCACAAAGCAAAUUCAAACUUCUCUACUUUGAACAUGAUGCAAAUGGUGGGUAUGGCUUGGCGUUACAGGUAGAUAGCGAGAAGACUGGCAAGGUGACAUCCGCUGGCAUGUAUUUCUUACAUUUUCAAGUAUACAGAAUGGAUUCAACUGUGAAUGCAUUGGCUAUGGCGAAGGAUCCUGAAGCAGCUUUCUUCAAAAGGUUGGAAGGUCUUCAACCUUGUGAAGUCUCAGAAUUAAAGCCUGGCACUCAAUUUGCUGUUUAUGGAGAUAACUUCUUUAAGACUGCUGCCUAUACAAUCGUCGAGGCUCUUUGUGCAAAAUCUUAUGAGGAUACUUCACAAAAACUUAAGGACAUUGAAGCUCAAAUUCUUAGAAAGAGGAAUGAUUUGCGCCAAUUUGAAUCAGAAUACAGAAAGGCAUUGGCACGCUAUCAAGAGGUGAGAAGAUAUGCUCAAGAAAAACAAUCAGUGGAUGAACUUCUGAAACUGAGAGACACUAUCCAUUCCUCCUUCACUGUUGCUAAGUCUGUCUCUGUUAGUGGGAAUAGUAGUAAUUUGAGCAAUGGAAGUAGUAGCAAGAUCGCGGGCGAGGAUUCCAAAGUUGAGAGCCCUGUGGAAGAUGGAAGCUCAGAUGGCAAGGAUAAAUCAGGCAAAAAGAAAUGGUUCAACCUCAAUCUCAAGGGUUCUGAUAAGAGAAAUUAACUUGAAAGGUGCUUGGUGUGGCUUCUUUGGAUUAAUCAGAGCUAGAGUGCAGUCCCGGUAAAUCAUCACAGUUAGAAGCCUGUCUGAUACUUCACUUGCAGUUCAUGUUGAACCUUUUUUCCUCAUUUUUCUUUGUUCUAUUAAGGGUGUAAACUGGCUUUUCUCUUAAUCUGUUCCUUUGUUCCAUGUUGUAUUCCCAGGUAUAUGUUUGCUGUUUCUCAUUUCCAUAUUCUUAUCUACCCUUGAUGCUCACAUUUUAUAAUUCUCAUGUAGCGUUUUGAACAUAUAUAAUUUUCUCAUUGUAAUGAUAUGUUCAUUCUUCCUGUA